ACACGGGAAGAGAUCUGACCAAUCAGAACAAAGCAGCUCAGAGAGGGCGUGUCUCCCCCAGUGGGCGUGGCAUGUACACUUCACACGCACUACCGGGAAAACGCGUGUUUAAAAACUUUCCUUAUCACCGUUUUAUGAUGACUUUAUAAUAAAAGUGGCGACACAAACAUGGCGAUCUGGACUCGAGCGGACCGGAACGGACAACUGGACCUGCUGCUGCGGGACCGCUGGGUUCGUGUCACCGCCGAACUGACGAGAGAAACUUUUAGUCUGUCUGCCGAAGGAGAACCGAGCGGUACCGAGGGCGUGCUGGACAGGACCGAGCCGCUAACCCGGGGCAGUAACGGGACCGAGCCGCUAAACCGGGGCAGUAACGGGACCGAGCCGGUAAACGGCAGUAACGGGACCGGACAGAAUGAGUGCACAGGGAGUCCCGGGUCGGGGUUCGGGUCCAGACACCAUGAGACCACUUCAUCUUCAUCACCAUCAUCAUCAUCACCGUCGGAACCGGUCCGGAAUGUUCGGGUGGUGAAGCAGGAAGCGGGCGGUUUGGGGAUCAGCAUUAAAGGAGGGCGGGAGAACAGGAUGCCGAUCCUCAUCUCUAAGAUAUUCCCGGGACUGGCGGCGGACCAGAGCCGCGCUCUGCGGGUCGGAGACACCAUUCUGUCCGUCAACGGGACCGACCUCCGGGAAGCCACACACGACCAGGCGGUACAGGCGCUGAAGAAGGCCGGGAAGGAGGUGACUCUGGAGGUAAGGUACAUCCGUGAGGUGUCUCCUCUCUUUAAGAAGCCGUCACUUUUAUCGGAGCUGAGCUGGGAUGGGAGCGAAGACUCUCUGCAACACAACAUGACCAAAAACAGGAAGGUCAUUUCACUGAAAAUGAGCUUCAUCUGCAGGAACCUCACCAUGCCAGACCUGGAGAACAGGUUGUUGGAGCUGCACUCUCCUGAUGGUCAGAACUUGGUGGUUCUGCGCUGUAAGGACACGGCCACUGCACACUCCUGGUUCACCGCCAUACAUGCCAACAUCGCUGCGCUACUGCCACACACACUCACACACAUCAACGCCUACCUGAGUGCCUCCAACACACACACACAGGUUAAACACAUCGGCUGGCUCGCAGAACAGGUAACUAUGGAAAAUGGGCAUCAUCAGUUCAGGCCAGUUGUCAUGGCGAUGACAGAGAAAGACAUUCUGCUGUUCGACUCAGUGCCGUGGACACGAGAAAGCUGGAGUACACCACUGACCAUACACUCACUACUGACCACCCGACUCGUUCACUCAGGCAGUACUCGUGGUUCCCCAUCUUUAGGUUCUGACCUUCUCUUCAUGACUCGAACUGGUUCUAGUCGUGGUGUUGAGUCUCACAUGUUCCGUGUGGAGACGCACUGGGACUUGUCGUCAUGGACCCGAUCGCUCGUACAGGGGACUCACACCGCUGCUGAGCUCAUUAAAGAGGUGUCCAUAGGGUGUGUGUUGAACAGGGAGGAGGUGUGUUUGGUGCUGCACUAUGAGCGAGGCUUCACUGUGCUGAGAGGAGGUGGAGGAGGAGGAGGAGGAGCUCCUGUAGGUGGCACUGUGCUCCUUCACUACCCCUUUGACAAACUGCGUAACUCUGCAGACGACGCAGUCAGACUCCUGUACCUGGACUUCGGGGGUCCUGAGGGGGAACUGGCAUUUGAUCUGCGCUCUAAUCCAAAGCCGGUGGUGUUUGUUCUCCACUCGUUCCUGUCAGCCAAACUCACACGCCUGGGCUUGAUCACAUGAGAGUGAUGGAGAGAUGGAGAGACGGAUGGAGAGAUGGAGAGAGACUCUCCAGGAAGUGAGGGAUGGAGGGAUGAAUAGAGAGAGUUCCAUAAAUGCUCCUCUAAUUACACACCAUUUAUCUCACUUAAUGUAUUAUCAUAAUGGAUUAUGUGAAUUCUCUUCCAUUCUCAUAAACCUAUAUGCACGUGUGUGUGCGCGAGUGUGCGUGUGUGUGUGCGUGUGUGCACGUGUUUGUGUGUGUGUGCGUUCGUGCGAUUCAUUUUAACGUGUUCCUUUGUGUGUCUAAUCGGACAAACAUAGGAUUACAGGCUAAAUAUGCAAAAUUAUUAAUCUGUGUUUAUGUGUGUGUGUGUGUGUGUGUGUGUGUGUGUGUAUGUAUCAUGACUGUUACUGUCUGAGUGUGUGUUGGUUAGUAUGACAUUCCAGUGCAGUGUUACAAGUGUGUGUGUGUGUGUGUGUGUGUGUGUGUGUGUGUGUGUGUGAGAGAGAGAGAGUAAAAUGGCUGUCACGUGAUUCUCGUAUCUGCAGAAAUUAUAGUAAAGUCCUCUGAUUGGCUGUUAGAGAGUAGCUCAGUGUCCAAUCAGAGUGCCCGUAUCAGCCCCCCCCCCCUCCCCUCGGCAGCUGGAGCAGCUGUUUACAGAAACCUGACUGUGUGUCAUGAACAUUUUAUUUCUUCAGCACUUACCAUUAAACACAGUCUGGACAGUUUUAAGCCUCUGUUUAGCUGCUGCUUCCAUCUGAAAUCUCUGGCUGAUAAAAUAAGAUGAUUCACUUUGAUAAUAACGAAGGCAGAAAGUGAACAGUGUUUUCAUUCAGCUCACAGUGGAGUUUUGUUUUAUUUCUGACUUCAGUCCACUGAGAUGAUGUGAACGCUGGAAUGCAGACAGCUGGAGGUUCUGUGGUGGUGAACAAGUCCCAGUUCCCAGUGAUCAGGAAUGCAGCACAACAACAGCACCACUUAAAGAAAGGUCUUCCAUCCAAUCUGUAGGUUCUCACCUCUAAUGCUUCUUCUAAUGUCCCUUUGGAGAACCUGUAAAGGUUCAGUGUAGAACAUUAUAACCCUGUUCCCCCUCCUGAGUCCCAGGACAGACCAAGUCUGAGGACCAUGUUUUAGACAUUCUGCAUGUGAUUACAGGACACUGUGUGGGCCAAUGAGCAUUAGAGCACAUCAUGAUAUUAAAUAUAAUAUCAUCAGAGACAUUCCAAAGAUCAGUUACUGUUAGUUACUUGGUUAGAAAUGACAUGGAAUUGUUUUAAACAACAUUUACUAUAUAGGACACACACACACACACACACACACAAACACGCAUACUCAGGGCAGCUAGCUCCUCUAAUGAGCUUGUUAAGUGUGUGACAACAUCCCUCUUGUUUAUCAGGAAGUCCACACACACACACACACACACACACACACACACACACACACACACACACACACACACACACACACACACACACACACAUAUAGAGAGAGAUCAUCAGUGAUAAAGUAGUGCACUUGGUAGUUUGUGGCCUUUUUAGUGUCUUUAGUCAUUUCCUAAGAGCUGAAGGACAGCUAGAAUAUCUCACUCAGUGCUUUAAGUGUGUGUGUGUGUGUGUGUGUGUGUGUGUGUGUGUGUGUGUGCCCAUGCGCGUGACACUGAAGUGUAACUUGUGUGUCAAAAUAUAAAAAUCAGAUCUGAAGAAACAGGGAUGUUCAAUAUAAGCUCCUGCUUCCUCUGGUGGAAAUGUGAUUUGCUUAACUGAGCUGAUGUGUGUGUUCCCGUUAAACACAGAGCACUAAACCAGCUCUCUCUCUCUCUCACACACACACACACACACACAGUGAGGAAUGAUGAAUGUACUGUAUGUUUCUACUCACCGCUCAGACUGUUUAAUAUCAUUUUAGCAUUUAUUUUUUAAUCUAGUGUCUGUUUAUAAAAGUAAACUAGUUUUUUAAACUGUGCUUUUUUCACACCAAAGUUUUGUACUUGUGGCAGCUUUGCGUUCACACAAUCAUAAAACAAAAGGAAAAAAGAGAUAAUAUUAAUAUAGAGCUGACACACACACACACACACACACACACACACACAUAUACUGCUGCUGCUGCACGACUGUUCAUACAAAAUACUCUUUAUGCAAUGUUAAAAUCGCUUUAUAAAGUGUACAUAAAUAAAUAAAUAAAUACAUAAAGCCUAUAAAUAAACACCUGUUACACAUUUA